AUAACAUUAAUUAUAGUUAUUAAUUACUUAUUAUUAAUUAUUUGUGUUCUAGUAGGAGUAGCUUUUGUUACUCUAUUGGAACGAAAAAUCUUAGGUUAUAUUCAGAUUCGUAAAGGACCUAAUAAGGUUGGUUUUAUGGGGUUAUUACAACCGUUUGCCGAUGCUGUAAAGUUAUUUACUAAAGAACAAACUUUGCCGGUUAUAUCUAAUUUCUUACCUUAUUAUCUUUCUCCUGUAUUUAGUUUAUUUGUAUCUUUAAUUGUAUGAUUAGUGAUACCUUACGAGCUAGGUCUAAUAAAUUUUAGUAUGAGGACUUUAUUUUUCUUAUGUUGUACUAGAUUAGGGGUGUAUACUACUAUGAGAGCAGGAUGGUCUUCUAAUUCUAAGUAUUCUUUAUUAGGUAGAUUACGAGCUGUGGCUCAAACAAUCUCUUAUGAAGUAAGACUUGCUUUAAUUUUAUUAUCAUUUAUUUUUUUAGUAGGAGGGUUUGACUUAAGCUUAUUUAGUUUAUAUCAGCGGGAUGUAUGACUUUUAUGGUUUACUUUCCCGCUAUCUUUAAUUUGGUUUGCUUCGUGUUUAGCUGAGACUAAUCGAACUCCUUUUGAUUUUGCUGAAGGAGAAUCUGAGUUAGUGUCUGGGUUUAAUACUGAGUAUAGAAGAGGAGGGUUUGCGUUGAUCUUUAUGGCUGAAUAUGCUAGUAUUUUAUUUAUGAGAAUAUUAUUUGCUCUUAUUUUUUUAGGAGGGAACUUAGUUAGACCUUUUUAUUAUGUAAAGCUUGUUAUAGUUGCUUUUGCUUUUGUAUGGGUUCGAGGUACUUUACCACGGUUUCGUUAUGACAAACUUAUAUAUUUAGCUUGAAAAAGAUUCUUGCCUGUUGCUUUAAACUAUUUAGUAUUUUUUAUAGGGGUUAAGGCUGCCUGCUUCAUUUGUAUAUUAUAA